AUGAACGUCUUCGGCUCAAAAGACAAGGAGACGACUGAGAAGCUCCCUAACAAAUCGGGGUCGCUCAACGACACCGGAUUCCUCGUUCCCCCUCAAGAGGAGAAGAGCGUCCGGGACUCCAACAAGAACUUUGACGGAAGCUUCUUGGCCCCUCCCCAGGAGGAAAAGGUUGACGUCGCGGGUGCACGUGGAGAGAGAUCCCGUAUCGACGAAGCUGUCGACCGUAUGGUGGAUAAGAUCAACAAGCAUGAAGUCGUGUAUGAUGCACCUAAGAAUCCAGACGAGGUUGCGGAGGAGUUGGUGAACAGAGGCGCGGUAUUAUCUGGUGGUGCCGGUAUUACUGGCGAGGACUUCGGUGGGGUCUCCGACAGGCAGCGUCUUGUCCGUCGAAACACCUAG